AUGGACUUGGGGAGGGGAGAGGGAAGACGAGGGGUCGGGGCCAAUAGAGAAGAUGAAAAGCAGAAGGGGCAAGAGAACACAGCCCUGAGGACCUGCAAGCAAAGCACCUUGGCUGACGUUCGAGCUCCAUGCUACUCAAGUGAGCACCCCUGCAUCGGGGCCACCACAGAGCUUGCCAGAAAAGCAGCUCUCAGACCCCAGUCAGACCUGUGCGGCACCGUCUGCCCUUCCUCGAGAUCCCAGAGGCGCUGCUGCCAUAUCUUCUCCGGGGCUGUGUCCCCUGCUGUGAUGGGUUUAGACCAGUGUGUUGUGCUGGCAGCUUGCACAGCUGUGGAGCCUGUGUUGAAGCUCAGCCCUGUGGAUCCUUGCAUGAACUCUGAGACAGCUGAUGCUAUCAUCAGAAAAGCCCUUACUGAGGAAAAACGCGUCUCAACGAAAACAUCAGCCGCAGAUCUUGUGACAGAAACGGAUCACCUUGUGGAAGAUUUAAUUAUUUCUGAGUUGCGAGAAAGGUUUCCUUCACACAGGUUCAUUGCCGAAGAGGCCGCGGCUUCUGGGGCCAAGUGUGUGCUCACCCACAACCCGACCUGGAUCAUCGACCCCAUCGACGGUACCUGCAAUUUUGUGCACAGAUUCCCGACUGUGGCGGUCAGCAUUGGAUUUGCCGUUCGACAAGAGCUGGAAUUCGGAGUGAUUUACCACUGCACAGAGGAGCGGCUGUACACGGGCCGGCGGGGCGGGGGCGCCUUCUGCAACGGCCAGCGGCUCCGGGUCUCCGGGGAGACAGAUCUCUCAAAGGCCUUGGUUCUGACCGAAAUCGGCCCCAAGCGUGACCCUGCGACCCUGAAACUGUUCCUGAGUAACAUGGAGCGGCUGCUGCACGCCAAGGCGCAUGGGGUCCGAGUGAUUGGAAGCUCCACAUUGGCACUCUGCCACCUGGCCUCGGGAGCCGCGGAUGCCUAUUACCAGUUCGGUCUGCACUGCUGGGACCUGGCGGCUGCCACAGUCAUCAUCAGGGAAGCAGGCGGCAUCGUGAUAGACACUUCGGGUGGACCCCUCGACCUCAUGGCUUGCAGAGUGGUUGCUGCCAGCACCCGGGAGAUGGCGAUGCUCAUAGCUCAGGCCUUACAGACGAUUAACUAUGGGCGGGAUGAUGAGAAGUGACCGUGGCUGAGGCAGAGCUGCUCUCGAGGCCUCCCUGGGCUGCUGUGGGCUCCUGGGGAGGUGGCCCUCCUGGCCCACGCUCCAUGCCAGUGGCUCACACUCUGCUCCUGGCUACCCCAGAGGGAGCUGUCACGCUACAGUGAGUGGCUGGCCUUUUAAAUCCACGUCUCUCUCACCAGGAUUUGGUGUUUAGCUGUUUCUCUCUUUAAUUUCACGUAGCCUUUUUCAGGUUAGUACGUGUUCCUCUGUCAGGGCCAAAACCCAGAUCUCCUGUGAAAUACGUAUUGAUAAUCCAAUCUUGAUUUUUUUCCCCCCAGAAUAUAAAUCUCAGGUAAUAAGGCUUUAGAACUGCUGAUAAAGCGGAUCGUUCUCAGGCCCUCCCCCCAGGGUACUUCAGAAUGCAAUAAAUCAAAAUAAUGGC